CAAAUGGUUGAAACAUUGCGCCAAUUGCCCCAAAAAGUGCUUUAGAAGACCUCGGACUAGUCGUAGCACGUGAACGUUGCAUAAAUUAUACACUCUUGCUGGAUUCUGAAAAUAUCUGUGACGACAUAAAUCGAACUGAACGACCUCCACAGGAAAGAUGGCGUCUCCAGUAUACGUAGAAGAGGAGCUGGGCAGGAAAUGGGACCGGUGUUUUUCGGAUGCACUACUUAAGUUUGGAGGUGGGGUCGUUUUAGGAUCAGUCUUUUCGCUGUUGUUUUUCAAAAGGAGACGGUGGCCUGUCGUAAUGGGCGGCGGGUUUGGUAUAGGAAUGGCUUACUCAAAUUGUGAACGGGAUUUAAACGCCACCAUUCGUGACCGAAGCCUCUAAUGUAUUGUAAUUUUAGUACAGCAUUAGAUUCUACUGCCGCUGGAAUUAUUUCCUGUAAUAAAUUGUUUUGUAGAGUGUAAAUAAAACCUACGUUGUAACUUUAUUUUUUAAACCGGCACUGAAUGUAAUUACUUAAUUUAAUAAAGCCCAUAAUCAAAA